GAUGGGCUAUGAAGACAAAACUCCCAGGAAGCUCUCCGCCGGCACCUCUGCUCUCCACAGUCUGUAAGAGGGAAGCAACAUUGCCGAGAAAAUUCACAUACACAACCGCAAAAAAACUUCUAGAACCGCCAAAGGAAGAAAAAAGGGUUCAGCAGACUAAAAAACUCUGACUGCAAAAGGACAGAAGGCCUGAAUCUGCAGUUAGCUAGUCUAACCUAAGCAGUCAUGUCGGCCAAAGCCAUCUCCGAGCAGACGGGAAAGGAGUUCCUCUACAAGCACAUCUGCACAUCGGCAGCUGUUCAGAACAGAUUCCACUAUGCCAACGUGACUGCCGAGACCGACUUUGACCGACUGGCGCAAGAUCACCCGUGGCUGCUCACACAGAGGCUGGUGGUGAAGCCGGACCAGCUGAUCAAGAGGCGAGGGAAGCUGGGCCUGGUCGGCGUCAACCUGGACCUGAACGGCGUCAGAGAGUGGCUGAAGUCCCGCUUCAUGAAAGAGACAACCGUGGGAAAAGCCAAGGGUGUUCUCAAGAACUUCCUCAUCGAGCCAUUUGUCCCCCAUAAGCAGGAGGAGGAGUUCUACGUGUGCAUUUACGCCACCCGCGAGGGUGACUAUGUGCUGUUUCACCAUGAGGGAGGGGUGGAUGUGGGAGAUGUGGAUGCCAAGGCGAAAAAGCUGCUAAUUGGGGUGGAUGAAAAGAUCAGUGAAGACUCUGUGAAGAAAGAGCUGCUGACUCACGUCCCAAAAGACAAGAAAGGGGUCCUGGCCAGCUUCAUUGUUGGGCUCUUCAACCUGUAUGAGGACCUGUUCUUCACAUACCUGGAGAUCAAUCCACUAGUGGUCACAAAAGAUGGAGUUUACGUGCUGGACAUGGCAGCCAAGAUCGAUGCCACAGCUGACUAUAUCUGCAAGGCCAAGUGGGGUGACGUUGAGUUCCCUCCACCCUUCGGCAGGGAGGCCUAUCCUGAGGAGGCCUACAUUGCCGACCUUGAUGCCAAGAGUGGUGCCAGCCUCAAACUGACCCUGCUCAACCCCCGAGGCAGGAUCUGGACCAUGGUGGCAGGAGGAGGUGCCUCAGUGGUGUACAGUGACACAAUCUGUGACCUGGGUGGUGUCAACGAGCUGGCCAAUUAUGGGGAGUAUUCAGGAGCACCAAGCGAACAGCAGACCUAUGACUACGCCAAGACUAUUCUGUCUCUGAUGACCAGAGAAAAGCACCCUGAUGGAAAGGUUUUGAUCAUUGGGGGAAGCAUCGCAAACUUCACAAAUGUUGCAGCAACAUUUAAGGGGAUUGUUCGGGCCAUCAGAGACUAUCAGGUGCCACUGAAGGAGCAUGAGGUCACCAUAUUUGUCCGUCGUGGAGGCCCCAACUACCAGGAAGGUCUCAGAGUAAUGGGAGAAGUCGGCAAGACAACUGGGAUCCCCAUCCAUGUCUUUGGCACAGAAACUCACAUGACUGCCAUUGUUGGCAUGGCACUGGGCCACCGGCCAAUCCCCAACCAGCCUCCUGUUGCAGCCCACACUGCCAACUUUCUUCUCAACUCCAGUGGCAGCACAUCGACCCCAGUAUCCAGCAGAACUGCUUCUUUCUCUGAAAACAGAGCCAGACUUGAGGGCUCACCAGCCAAGAAGGUCAAAGCUGGAGCUCCCAUUGCUAAGGCAACUAACCUCUUCAGCAAACACACCAAGUCUAUAGUGUGGGGUAUGCAGACUCGGGCAGUACAGGGCAUGCUGGACUUUGACUAUGUCUGCUCCAGAGAUGAGCCAUCUGUCGCAGCCAUGGUCUACCCGUUCACUGGAGACCACAAACAGAAGUACUAUUGGGGCCAUAAAGAGAUCCUCAUCCCCGUCUAUAAGAACAUGAGUGACGCCAUGAAGAAGCACCCAGAUGUGGACGUGCUCAUCAACUUUGCCUCUUUGCGUUCAGCCUUUGAUAGCACCAUGGAGACCAUGCAGUACCCACAGAUUCACACCAUUGCCAUCAUUGCUGAGGGAAUCCCUGAAGCCCAUACCAGGAAGAUCAUCAAGGUUGCAGAUGAGAAGGGUGUUACAAUCAUUGGACCAGCAACCGUUGGAGGAAUUAAGCCAGGCUGUUUUAAGAUCGGGAACACAGGAGGCAUGCUGGAUAACAUCCUUGCCUCCAAGCUCUAUCGCCCAGGCAGUGUGGCCUACGUGUCCCGCUCAGGUGGCAUGUCCAAUGAACUCAACAACAUAAUCUCGCGCACCACUGACGGUGUUUUUGAGGGUGUGGCCAUUGGUGGGGACAGAUACCCAGGCUCUGUGUUCACUGACCAUGUGCUGCGCUACCAAGACACUCCUGGAGUAAAAAUGAUUGUUGUAUUGGGAGAGAUUGGAGGCACAGAGGAGUACAAGAUCUGCGAGGCUAUCACACAGGGCAGGAUCACAAAGCCAGUGGUUUGCUGGUGUAUUGGCACCUGUGCUACCAUGUUCUCCUCCGAGGUUCAGUUCGGCCAUGCAGGAGCUUGUGCCAGCCAGGCCUCUGAGACCGCAGUGGCUAAGAACAUGGCUCUGAAGGAGGCUGGAGCCUUCGUCCCUAAGAGCUUUGAUGAGCUGGGAGAGAUCAUCAAUUCUGUUUAUGAUGACCUUGUUGCCAAAGGAGUUAUUCAGCCAGCUGAAGAGAUGCCUCCUCCCACUGUCCCGAUGGAUUACUCUUGGGCACGAGAGCUGGGUCUGAUCCGUAAGCCUGCUUCCUUCAUGACCAGCAUCUGUGACGAGCGGGGUCAGGAGCUCAUCUACGCAGGCAUGCCCAUCACUGAGGUCUUCAAGUCGGAAAUAGGCCUGGGAGGAACUCUAGGGCUUCUCUGGUUCCAGAGGAGGUUGCCGAGGUAUGCCUGCCAGUUUAUUGAGAUGUGCCUGAUGGUGACCGCUGAUCAUGGCCCUGCUGUUUCCGGCGCCCACAACACAAUUGUCUGUGCUCGAGCUGGCAAAGAUCUCAUCUCCAGCCUCACCUCCGGCCUUCUCACCAUUGGUGACCGCUUUGGAGGUGCUCUGGAUGCUGCAGCAAAGCAGUUCAGCAAGGCUUUUGACAGCAGCAUGCUGCCCAUGGAGUUUGUCAACAAGAUGAAGAAGGAUGGCAAGCUGAUCAUGGGCAUUGGACACAGAGUCAAGUCGAUUAACAAUCCAGACAUGAGAGUCCAGAUCUUGAAGGACUUUGUGAAGCAGCACUUCCCCUCCACCCAGCUGCUGGACUACGCUCUAGAUGUAGAGAAGAUUACCACAUCCAAAAAACCCAAUUUGAUCCUGAAUGUGGACGGCUUCAUUGGUGUGGCCUUUGUGGAUUUGCUCAGGACUUGUGGUGGCUUUACACGGGAUGAAGCUGAUGAGUUUGUGGAAAUUGGAGCUCUGAAUGGCAUCUUUGUCCUGGGACGUAGCAUGGGAUUUAUUGGACACUACCUGGACCAGAAGAGGCUGAAGCAGGGUCUGUAUCGCCACCCCUGGGAUGACAUCUCCUAUGUGCUCCCAGAACAUAUGUCCAUGUAAUCAGAGGGACUAAACCAGAGAGUGUCAGCCUUCAAUCCCCUCACCCCAGCCGUCAAUUCCUCACACAACAAAACUGUGAUCUGUCACCCGGAAGCAGUGGCGCAAUAUAGGGAACGUGUUACUAUUAAUAUAGCUGUAAAUUGCAAAUAUUAAAAAGAAAAAGAGAAUGUUUUUAGUUUUGGAAAGCUGUCAGUGCUGCAGUUCUGUGAAUUUAAGUAAAAUGUGGUCAACUGUGAAGCUCCAGUAAAACAACGUUGGGGUCUGACUGAGGGAGAUUUGAAGAUGAAUUGGAUGAGGUACAGGUGAGGGAGUAAAAGUGAAUUAUUCAACAACUGACCACCACCACUCUUAUGGCUAGUGAAGUACUGUUAUUUAUCCCAAACAUAUAUCCUUGUAUUAACCUAGCAUGUAUCACAGACUAUUGUGUCUCUGUGCAGCUCUCUUCAUUGUGCCACUUGAGAAUCAUGAGCUUGCUACAAGGAGUGAACAUGUAGUGCAAUAAUGCCUAUAAUAUGAGAACAUACUGUAGAUCAGAGCUUUAUUUAUGUAUAGGUGUAUUAAUAGUGGAAAUUAAAUGGUACAAGAAUGUUAUAGUUUUGAUUAUAUUUAAUGCUUUUGAUACACAAGUGAUUGAAGUCUGCUUACUGUGGCAAAAGGGACCAUUUUAUGAGUAAUUCCUGACAGGUGCUGCUGUCCCCAGGAAAUAUUCUCUCUCAGCUAGUGGAAAGCUUUUUUUGAAUGAAUGCACUAAUCCCAUAACAAUAACAUGAAUUAGUAUUACAAUAUUUCUGUAUCAGCACUAUAAGAUGGGAAAUAAUUUUAGCAGUUAAAUGCAAUGAUAUUUAAUAUCUUAACAUAUUUUUUCACAUGAAUGUCUAAAUGUGUAUUGUGAAUUUUCAGUCUGUUAGACUAGGGAUUUUAAAGUUCAUUACAUGCCCAAUAUUUAACAUGUUGCUCCAUCUAUUUUUAUUUGAAUAAAACCAUGUAUGAGACAGACAGUAUAAGUCUCACCUUAGGAAAUGUGACACCCCUUUCAGAUUGCUAUAUUUGUAUCCAGUGGACAGUAACUUUAUUUAGACAAUCUGUUCAUAAUCAUUAGACUCCAAGUGCAGGACAAAACUCUCUUCUUUAAUUUUCUUUGAAGUAAAAGAAAAUGAUACAUUUUCCCCACAAUUUGAGGUCCAGAAGAAACUGUGUGGCAACCAUUAUUAGUGUCAUCUAUUAUGUGAAUGUUACAAAAAUAGAGAAGUUCUCCAGACAACCAGAAACCUUACCAGUGUUGUUGCAAUGCUUAUUACUCAAUGUGAACUGAACGUGCCUCUGUACUGAUUUGUUGUAUGUCGACAACUGUGUAAUUGAGUAAAAUAAAAUGUAAUUAAUGUUA